UCCAAGUUCUAUCAACUGUUCUCUUUGCCUUCAAAAAGAGGCUUUGGUACCCCUUAUCUGUAUAUAAGCCAUGGAGAGCGAGACAAAGUUUUGUUUCAUAACCAAGUUAAUUAGGAGAAAUUUCCUUAGGAAAUGGUUAAGCUAACGAUUGUUGGAAGGGUGAAUGACGGGUUGCCACUGGCUCAAGGGGCAAGGUAUGUGAAUACAGAGAAUGACAACUUCUCAUAUUACAAGCAACAAGGAGAAUUCAUAAUCAAAGAAAUCUCUAGAGGAGCUUUACCACCUUCCAAAAUGACCAUCCGCGUUGAUCAUCAUUCUUUCAACUAUUUGGUCGUGAAUGGAAUCUGCUUCAUCACGUUGUGCGAUUCUUCCUAUCCAAGAAAACUAGCUUUCCAUUAUCUGCAGGAUCUGCAGAAGGAGUUUGACAAGUUUGAUCAUAGCCUCAUAGGGAAAAUCACAAGACCAUACAGCUUUAUUAGAUUUGAUGGUAUUAUUGCUAAUGUUAGAAAGCAAUAUAUUGAUACAAGAACACAAGCUAAUCUAUCAAAGCUGAACGCUAAUCGUCGUCAAGAACUGGACAUACUUACUGAAAACAUGUCCGACAUUAUAGAAAGAAGACGAAAUUCAGAAAUAUUUGAGACACCAGCUACCCCUCGGACUUCCUCCCAAGUUUGGGGUUCUCCACGGCUUGAGGCAAUUACGUUGAUAUGGACGCCCAUUGCAAUCAUUGCUGUUGUUGCUUCGGUUCUUUUAUGGGUUAGCCUUAUCCUUACAGACGACUUCUUAACAUCAACUUUGUAGAACUCCUGAAAUCAGGAUUUGGGAGAUGUGAGCAAGAAACCAAGGUGACAGAGCAUGAAAGAAAGGAAGAACUUAAAAUAUCUAUGCGAUGGGAGCUUUUUAAUGGCAUGAAAAACAUGAUGGUCAUGUAUGUUAUGUUUCAUGUAAUUAAUAUACAUCCAUAUAAAAAGAUGUGAAUCAAUAGAACUCGAAAUGAAACAGCAAAGAGUGUGUUUGAGGCACUUUGUUCUUGCUUCUGAAC